GGUGUGUGUGGUGUGUGUGGGUUGCCUCGGCGGCGCGCGGCACGGCGGGAACAUGGCGCGCGGGAGCGGUGCGCGCGCCUAGCUGGCGGGACCGUUAGCUCUAGGUGGACGCGGCCCGCGCCCCGCUCCCCGCGGGGAUGGAACAGUCACUACCGCCGGCGUCCGAGCCGACCCCGGGGUCGACCCCGGCACGGAACCGGAGGCGGCGGGAACCCGAGUCUCCGCCCGCGCCGGCGCCGAUUGCUCUCUUUGGGGCUAAGACUGUUGGCCGGAGAAGUCCUGAUGAACCGGUGCUGAGCAAAGCUGAAUUUGUUGAGAAAGUUCGGCAGAGUAACCAGGCCUGUCACGAUGGAGACUUCCACACUGCCAUCGUCCUCUAUAAUGAAGCCCUGGCCGUCGACCCUCAGAACUGCAUCUUGUACAGCAACAGAUCUGCAGCCUACAUGAAAAUCCAGCAGUACGACAAGGCACUGGACGACGCCAUCAAAGCCCGGCUUCUCAAUCCCAAAUGGCCGAAGGCAUACUUCCGACAGGGUGUCGCCCUCCAGUACCUGGGACGUCACGCCGAUGCCCUGGCAGCCUUUGCGUCUGGCCUGGCCCAAGACCCCAAGAGUCUCCAGCUUCUGGUGGGGAUGGUAGAAGCAGCCAUGAAAUCUCCCAUGAGAGACUCCCUGGAGCCCACCUACCAGCAGCUUCAGAAGAUGAAGCUGGACAAGAGCCCCUUCGUGGUGGUGUCUGUGGUGGGCCAGGAGCUGCUGACGGCCGGCCACCACGGGGCCUCCGUGGUCGUGUUGGAAGCGGCCCUGAAGAUUGGCACGUGCAGCCUGAAGCUGCGAGGCUCCGUCUUCUCCGCCCUGAGCAGCGCCUACUGGUCCCUGGGGAACACGGAGAAGAGCACGGGGUACAUGCAGCAGGACCUGGACGUGGCCAAGACCUUAGGUGACCAGACAGGAGAAUGUCGUGCUCACGGGAACCUGGGCUCUGCAUUCUUCUCCAAAGGAAACUACCGGGAGGCCCUCACGAACCACCGCCACCAGUUGGUGCUCGCCAUGAAGCUCAAGAACCGGGAGGUAAGGCACUCGCCCCAGGCCAUCGCGGGCUGGCUGUGAAAUGGAGGCCUUUCUGGGUUCAGCCAACGUGUCAGGCACCCGGAGACGUGGCUUUCAGAAGUCAGUCCUCCUUGACCCUGGGUCAACGACGCCAGGUGUCGGAUGUCCACUGCAGGUGGGCCUUGGGUACAUAGACAGGAAGACGCCUUGUCCCCAGCUCGGGGUCUGACAGCUCGGUCACAUGUGGUGUUCUUAUCCUCUUCAAAUGAGCCACAGGGCCGACAUUGAAAAUUACAAAAAGCCACCCACUGUGACAGGGUCACAAAAAUGUGCUUUCUCUGACGCCAGGCGUUGCUACAGUGGCUUCUCUGUGCUGUCCCUUCAGUGGACUUUGACUCUUGUGAGAGAGGCACGUUCAGUUCAUUGAGACAUCUGAAUUGUCACGAUAGGGAGCGACAUCCUGGUCUUUAUUUCCAAAAUGGAAUGUUCUCAGAAAGCUGAUGACAGCAAUGGGACACCAGGAGAGGGUGCCCUGUGUCCCUGCGUGGGAAGAGGCGCGUUUGCCCUCAGCUCAGCCCGGCUCCGAGUUUGGCUCCAGCACUUCCUGUGGCGCCAUCUUGGAGUGGCACCAUCUUGGAGUGCUUGGUACUCAGUUUCCUGCACGAGGAGUCAGGAAAGAUGGCUACUCCUCACAGUUGUUCCUU